UCGCAACCCUCAUCUUCGGAAGUGCCACACGACCGAAUCGAACCCCGUCACAGGGACUAAGCCAUGAAUUGGGGGCCCUGUAUAUCACAAUUGUGCCAGUCCUAGGUGCCAAUUCGCUAGCAGGCGUCCUCGAGAUCGUGGCAGGCGGAGCUAGGGAGUCUGUAGCUAUUCCACAGUGUAUAAAGAGGUGAACUCUCGACUCUCCAAAGAAUACACAGUCUCCAUCCUACCCGAGAUCCUCGAUCCGAUAUUUUAUGAGCAAUCGUCCUCCGCAACAUUCCAGUCCAUCAAUAUCUCCAAAGCAGUUCGACACAAGUCAAAGUUCGGCGCAUUGCAGUUCCCCAAAAGAACGGCCGCACCGGUCCUUCAGCUCUGCAGAGACUCCUCAAGUCACCGCUGGAUACCCUUCUCUACCCUCAGCUGCGCCAGCAGCAGAAACCCGUUACCCAUUUGGACCACCCGCGCCUUUAGUCCUCGUCAGCGAGCCGCCACCAUCACCGAUCUCCGACCGAAGUGACAGAGAGAGAGCAGCAUCUGUGCCAGGCCAAGGCCGAUUAGUCGAACAUCAGCGAAACAGCUAUCAGAGCUCCUCACUGCCGACGACCCGAUCCAGUACACCUCAGAUUCCUUACGCACUCUCCGCAACCGAACAGUCAACUUCCGCAGCAAUGUCUUCCGCAGCUUCUUCCCCUGGCAACACCACCACGUCCGGCUCCACCUCUGGUUCCAAUCCGGGAUAUCACCUGCCGUACGCUCCAUUCCCGUACCCCAUUCCUGGCGGUGCUCGUGGAGGCCAAGGUAGUCAAGGAAGCGGCAGUUCUGGGAAAUAGUGUAUCGCAAUCCGUCACAGAGAGAGGCCAUGACUGCAUUCCUUCCUUGUGGAUUCGCAACGCAUCCGUACGACUGCAUGAACCGGAAACGUGUUCGGAAUGAGUGUCAUUUUCCUUAGGGAGGUAAACUUUCCUCUAUCAUGUCUAGAUUGUACAGCAUCUCCGUCUUAUGGUUUCCAAUUUCUCACACUUCUAUGUCAUUCUUUCCUCGCCCGCCGUCUCAUAUUUCUUCCACACUCAUUCUUUCGACUCCUCACCGAUAUUGUAUAUAGACGAGGGGUGUCUUUCUAGUCAUGGCAUGUUACUAACGACGACCGUCACGCUUUCCUGUCUCAUUCUUCUACUGUAUAUACGAUUUUUUCUUGCACUCUACUCCUUCACAUUCCUUUUCAAGGUAUAGACAUAGACAUAGACAUAGACACAGACAUAGAAUAGACGGGGUCAACCCCAAUGCGCGAGCAAAUCUUCUUCUCAACACGACAAUUUUGU